AUGGACGAUAGGCGCAUCGUGUUCGACGCCGACCUGGAUGCAUACGUCGACGAAGGCCCAUCAAGACCGCCAAUUUGUCGCCAUUCGAGGCAGUGCAUCGCAUCGAACGGCGGUAUCGCCCCUCAGGAGAAGUACUACACGCUUCCUCUUUCGUGCAUCCAGAACCACUGCUGGAUCGACAAGUGGAGUUUGGCCACUGACAAAUCGCACCUGCAGCUGCAGUGCGGGAUAUCGCUGCAGCUGGUGCUGAACGAGCUGCUGAGGGACUCCACGAUAACCGUCCACGAGUACUACGAGGCCCUGAAGUGCUUCAAGCAGGUGCGUCAUCGGACAAUGCGCUCUGAAAACUUAAAACGUUGCAGGCAGUCCAGGGCAACCUCCAUCGCAUCAAAGAGCUGCAAUUCUCCCAUCGGCGCAAUAUGCCGUUGA